ACAAUGAAGGGAAGGAGGUGGAGACCAAAGGAGGAUUCAUAAAACAGGAGUUGAUCUCCUAGUUUUUAAAAAGCCGCUCACAGCUGAAGCAGGCGAGUAGCGUAGAAUUAGAACACGUCUCACGAACAACCCAAGCCGACUCAUCACAGAGAGGUGAUUCAGUAACACCGCAUCUGCGCUUUCAUUGGAGAAAAGUUGAAUGGACUUGAAUGCAUGGACGUUUCAUUGUUUUGAUUAACUUUUCAGGACGUAUUUUCACUCGUGGGAACUUUAACUCCCACAGACGUUCUCCGACACGUCCAUACUGACACUGCAACUGAAACGAACUCAUCUCUGAUCUCAGUGUUUGCGUGUACUGGGAUUUUAAAGAAAACACACAAGGACGAACUCGCAAAUGCAAAACUAUAUGUAUGAGAAGGCGAUGGCACCUGAAACAAGAAACGGAGGGACAUCCACAUUAAAUAACAACGGCGUAGACAACAGCAAGAGGAAACUUUUAAUAGCACUAGAUAUCUUUUGCCUUGUCCUGGCUGGCCUGCCUUUCCUGAUAAUUGAAACUAGCACAAUCAAGCCGUACCAACGCGGGUUUUACUGCAGUGACCAGUCCAUCCAGUACCCGUAUAAAAACGGGGACACCAUAAGCGAUGUUGUGCUCUCUGCCGCUGGCAUUCUAAUUGCCAUCCUUUCUAUCGUGAUUGGCGAAUGCUUCAGGAUCCAUUACAUGAACCAGGGCUCCAAAUCAUUUGUGGGGAACCCUUAUGUCUCCGCACUUUACAGACAAGUGGGCGUGUUCAUCUUCGGCUGUGCUGUCAGCCAAUCAUUCACAGACAUUGCCAAGGUCUCGGUUGGCCGAAUGAGGCCGCACUUCCUAGAUGUGUGCAAGCUGGACUACUCUACCAUCAAUUGCUCUCUAGGAUAUAUCAUUAAUUACAAAUGCACUGGAGAUCCCAGCAAAGUACAAGAGGCCAGGAAAUCCUUCUUCUCUGGACAUGCUUCCUUUUCAAUGUACACCAUGCUGUACCUUGCAUUCUACCUGCAAUCUCGGUUUACGUGGCGAGGAGCUCGCCUUUUGAGGCCCCUCAUCCAGUUCACCUUGCUAAUGAUGGCCUUCUACACCGGCCUAUCGCGCAUCUCUGAUCACAAGCACCACCCAACUGAUGUCUUGGCUGGCUUUGCCCAAGGAGCCCUGGUGGCCUACUGCAUAGUCUUCUAUGUAUCGGACCUCUUCAAACCCAGAGCCAAGGCUGCCACUCCACCACCCUCAACGAUCAAGAAAGAGCUCCUCCCUUCUUCUGACAUCAUAGAGAGGAACAACCAUCACAACAUGGUGUAGGGGCGAAUGAGAGGAUCCAUUUGUAAUCACCACCUCCUUCAGCUCACCCCCCAUCCCCUGAAGAACCAGAACAGCCACCUGUGACAGAGGAGAUACAGAUUCGCUGAUGCCUUCUCUCUCUCAUCUGACAGUAGAAUGUAGGAACAGAGACAAUCCUAUUGACUCUUUAUUAUGACCUCACAAGGAGCCCAAUUCACAUAAAACUAAGGAGGAGUGAAAUAUUUCUCCCUCAAGAAAUCAUGGAUGAGAAAAGGGUUGUAAUUUGUUAUUCUGAUGAAACCACCCCAUUUCCAACAUGGGGGACCAAAGUAUUAGACAUGAAAUUUAGAAUUUUUAUAUGAAUGAAGAAACGAAGGACAAUUAAAGGAAGGUGAGAGAGUGAAUGUAAGCCUGAUCAUGUGACCAGUGCCUCUCUCUUUCUGCCUCCCUCUUUCUCUUGUCUCUGGGGCCUUUCAGCAGUAUAGAACAACAAAUUCCUUAUUAAUAGGAAUUAUUCUUUUUACCUGCAAUGUAAUUAGCACAGAUAUAUUAACAAUAUAAAGAAGAAUAACUUAUAGCACUAUAUCCAAGUUCAUUGUUAAAUGUCACCACUCGCUAUCUGAGGAGUGUAGCUAUGAGAAGCUUGAUGAAUACAUAAGAUGGUAGUUUGAAUGCCAGUAAACUUCUACACUAUGGUGUAAUGUUGUCCCAUUAAAAUACAAUAGGGGACUAGAACAACACUGUAUAUACCCAAGACCCAUCAAAGCUGAUCUUAGCUACCCAACAGUGGCCUAACUCCGUGGGAGGAUGUAUUUUAACGGGUUUAAGGGGCAUGUGGGUAGUCUAGGGGACUUUUUUUAGAUAAGGACCUAUUUGAAAUUGAUUUUUGUUUUAGAGUAUUAUUUCACAGUGGCCAUCACCCAUCUAACCCGAACUCUGGAGGCAUGGCUGAGCCGUGCUGCUUCACUGCCUUCUGAUUGGUUAAUACUAAAGGCUGCAGGGUUAGAUGUUGGGGAGGAUGGUUUAUGAGGUGUGUCUUGUUACCACGGUCAUUGGGGUUGACUCCCAUUGACUGCACUGGCACAUUUUUGUUGGAAUUGGGAAUGAGCAUCUUCCGCUGGCUGGUAUGAACUCUUUCCCUUCCAAGUGCAUAAUCACUCAACACUAGUUGUGUGAAUUUACCCAGAAUGCUACCUGUGCCCUCUGCCUGUCCUGGCAUGAGUCAAACUGCCCCGAACCCCAACAUUUUUAUUUAGUGGGGUAAAGGGUUGUGGGGUUGCUCCACAGAAACUCUGUCCCAUGUAUGUAUGUGUAUGUCUGUGUCAGUAUUUGUGAGUGUGCCUGUGUCGCACUUUCUGCGCCCAGUUCUGGUGCAGUGGGCGGUUAGCAUGUGAAAAAAUAUUGAAUUUAAGAAAACUGUACUUUUCUUAAUGCCUUUUCUUAGCCUUGAUGUUCCUCUCUUGAUAAUGUCUACUGUCCUUACUAACAGCUGUACAGUACUGCCAGACUGUUACAGAGAACACAUCCAUACAACACAACUUAAGCUCCUAACAUGUUGCACAUCCCUCCCAUUGUAUAGUCCGUCCUACAAUUUCAACAAACCAUUUUAUUUCUUUUUCUCUCAGAAAUAUAUAAAUAAUGUAUAGAUCACUAAAAUUAACUUUGUAAAAUAUUAUGUUUGAACACGUUUAGAUAUAUCCACUAUGAAUCUUAAAAACGCAAUGUGUCAUGACCUGUGUAAUUUACAAAGUGCUGCUUUUACGAGCAUUGAUUGACAGAUUUUUGUAUGUAGGUAACUAAAAUAUUGUAGAUUUGUGAUAGUAAGUUUUUAAUAAGCGUUGAAUAAAACACCUACAAUUGUAUCAAUUCACAAUAUUAGUAUUUUUGUAUUGUCUCAUUUUGUACAAAAGAAAUAAUAGCAAAUCUUUUAGUUUUCUUUUCAGCUUAAUGUACUUAGCUCUAAUAAAUGUGCUUUUAAAUAAAAGCUCUUUAUCA